AUGGUGUCCGACUUCAGGAAGAAGAAGCUUAUGUACUUGUUCAACCAGUUCUUCGACAGCAACAAAAGUGGCUCCAUAGACAAGAAGGACUUUGAGCUAGCGGCGGAGCAGAUAUCGAAGAUGCGGGGAUGGAAGCAAGGUGACGCCAAAUACAAGGAGACGUUGGACUCUCUGCUCAAGAUCUGGGACGGCCUGCAGAGCGUGGCGGACUCCGACAAGGAUGGGCAGGUGACAGCCGAGGAGUGGGUCAACAUGUGGGAGGAAUACGCCAAGAACCCGUCCGCGGCUGCAGACUGGCAGAACCAGUACUGCAAGUUCAUUUACCAGCUCGAGGAUGCUAGUGGCGACGGCGCCAUAGACAGCGAGGAGUUCUCCACCGUCUUCGAGUCCUUCGGCCUGCCUAAGAGUGAAGCUGCCUCCGCUUUCCAGAAGAUGUCAGGUGGCAAGUCCGAGAUAUCCUGGAGCGACUUCCAAGCGCUGUGGAGGGAGUAUUUCGUGACGGAGGACCCAAAGGCCCCGGGCAAUUUCAUCUUCGGGAAGUCUAGUUUC